CCGAAAUACAUCGCAAGGAUGACAAGUGGCAGCGGAUGAGGUUGUUGAGUCUUCACUGGCCAGGCGAUGGGCGUCACACUGCGUGAACAGGGACGGCAUGAAGGGAGGGCAUGGGAGAGAGCCAACCAAUUGAACGAGCGGGAUAAGGCCCUGUACACAACCACCAACUCCCCGCAGCAAACAGCUGCAGCUCUCUCAGUCGACAUGUUCAUCCUCUCGGUGACAUCGGAUGCACGUAUGCACCGACCAUGGAGCAGUCUACUGAAGUGAAGCCGGUCAAAAGCCGCCACGGCUGUGGGGCAUGUCGCAAAAAGCGGAUGAAGUGCGAUGAAGGGAAGCCCAGAUGUCGGAAUUGUGCCUACAGGAAGAUAGACUGUCCCGGAUACGCUCGCGACCUCAAGUGGUCGACCAAGUAUGAGCGAUUCAAGCCAGCAAAGCAGAAGCCGCUGCGGUCACUAUCGCCUCUUCAAAACCGAUUCCAAGAAGUGCUCCAUGCCUUCAGUGGCUCACCAGUUGCAGAAGUUCCUUCGACUCCCGCAGAAACUGCACCUCAAGUGAUUCCGGAACGACUCGAUGGCGACGGGAUGAUCGGAGAUGCCGUAGUGACCGAAGAGGCCAGGAGCUGUGCAUCACCCGAGUUCCAUCAGGUUGAUGAGCAAGUCAUGGCGGUAUGCGAUCCUAUGAGCCCUUCCGAGACAGCGGACUUGUACGUGGGAGGUUCUCCUAGUGAUUCCGGUCCUGCAACGACUCAAGAUCAGGACACUACACAUUCUGAAGCCUGUACUGCGCCCGAUGCUCAUCCUCCCUGGGAAUCACGCGAGGACGAUGACGAUCAACAGCACAUUCAGGAUGAAGAGGCAAUGGCGGACGACUAUGAAACAUUACUGACAAGCCGCUCUGACCUCGCUUCUGGCCAAGACUGGCUGACGGUUUCCUCACCAGCGCCAUGUUUAUGGUAUGAGGAUGAAUCGUCGGAAAAGCUUAUGCAUCAUUACUUCAGCUCGGCCUGCCGCGUCAUGUCGUGCUAUGACAGCUGGAGUAAUCCAUACAGAACGACUAUUCCUAGUCUCCAGCACUCCUCCUCGCACAUCAAGGCCUGCAUGAUGGGGAUGUCGGCAUCACACAUGGCGAAUUUUGUCCAUGAUAUGGCCAUCACAGCUAUCAAGUAUCAGACGAAAGCAGUUGAGGAGAUUGCCUCUUCACUUCCCAUCCAGCAGCCCAAGGGGCGCAACCCGAUCAGAUCGGCAUCCACAUAUGAGAUGUUGCUAGGCGCCAUCAUGCUUGGCAUGACUUCUGCAUGGUAUGACCCUACUGCGAAUGCGACUGCAAGUGGAAUGCACCAUCUCGCAGGCGCCCGUUCACUCUUCCAAGCAUGGUCGGCAGAGCAAGCAAUUUUCAAGGCCAAUGGUGAUGUUGACAUUCUGGACCGCGAGCAGAGCUUCAUCAUCGGCUCCAUGGCAUACUGGGAAUGUCUGUCAUCCUUCAUAGCCGAUCAGUCUCUCGAUGCCAUCGCCUAUCUGACUCCUUUCACCAAAAUCGCCGAAGGCCAGACGAUAUACCCCAACCCGUGGACAGGUGUUGCCACACCAAUAUUCAUACGCAUGGCACAAGUUGGAGUUCUGCUUCGUCAGAGGCGCAUUUUGGACAGACUCUCGUGUCUCCGAAGCACUUCGUACGUGAGCGCAUGUCUUGCCGAAGGGCUACAGGCAGAAGCCAAGAGUGUGCUUGCUGCCGUCAUGGCUUAUACCUUGCCACCGGACGAGAGUAUGGAGAACACUGCGGAUCCGAGCACGCCUCUCCAGCAUCUUUGCGAUGUGGCCAAUAUAUACCGCUUCACGGCCAUUCUGGAGCUAUGCCAGGCAUUUCCAUGCUUGGCCGUCUGUACAAUCGGCCCGACUCACGACGCUCUUCCACUGAGCAAAACCACUAUCAACGACACCGUCUACGAUCUCGCUAGCAACAUCACUUCGAUGGUAGCAGCAUUACCCAGGGAUUCUGGCACCUUCACAGUUCUAUGUAUCGCGCUGAUCUGUGCUGGUGGCGCGAUGCAAAGUCAGCAUGUCCCGCGUCCCGAAGCAGCUCCUGGCAGCCUCGAAGGCGAAAUGGCUCGCCUGCGGCGUAGCCGACCAGCUUUGAAAGAACUGCGGAUCAAUCUUCGUGAGCAGAUUAUGCAUACAUCGCGGCGGUUGGGUCUUGCUGCUAUGCACAGGGCAGCCAGGCUUAUACAACAAGUUUGGGUCCAGUCCGAUUUGCGGGUCCAAAUGGGAGGCGAGAGAGGGAAGAAGAGCAUACACUGGAUGGAUGUGAUGAUGGAGAUGAGAUUGGAGACUUUAUUUGGAUAGGGCUCAAUUAUGCUGGCAUUGCAAUUCUAUGCUGGGAGAAACCUAAUCACAUUUCAUUCUGCCUGGACGGUGCUGUGCCGGAUAUACGACCGCUUUCAUCGUUACCACAGUUGCCGCAGUCGCUGCUUACAUCCGGUCCGCAUGCGAGAUCAUCUGAAUGUCCACCUUGGGAAGGAUCCAUACCAAGGUCGUACACGUCCAAAUAUCCCGGGAUGUAUGGACUUUCCGAAGCCUCGCACCUUUUUCUUGCUUGAAAUCCUUCCAGUGCAUCAGUUGGCCUUCUUUUUUGGUUGUACUCUUUCUGUCUUUCCUUGCGCCUCUUCCAUGCUUCUGGUGAUAGCACAUCCAGAUAUCAGGCACCCGACACGAUCGAGCGCCAACAAGACGCCGGACAGCUCCGAUGCAUCACCAACGGUUCACCGCCUCCUCGUUCCAGCUCCUCCUCCUGACGACAAGCCAUCAGCAUCCGCAUACUCGAAAUCAAAGUAAUCUUGAGCAAAAACCCAACCUACACUCCCACCACCAUACCCACACACUCGCAACACUCGCCGCAUAUCCAGACCCAGCAGCUCAAAAGUCUUGCACAAAUCCCUCCAAUCCCGCCCCAGAAUCGCCGCUCUUUCGGGAGGAUGUCUCGGAUCCAUCCACGUCAGAUAAUUCGGGCAGUACGCCAAAUCCUGAAUUUCACUUCUGCUGUCUGCGUUCAGGUGGGAGAGCCAUUGGAUGCAGGUUUGGGCUUCGGUGAAGCGGAAUUGUACGCGGGAGUAGUAGGUGGGGGACGCUUCGAGGCGGAUGAGGCGGCAGGUGGACAGGAUGGCGGGUUCGCGAUAGGUGAGCACGUCGGGUUUGCCAUGGGAGAAGCGCCGGAGGUCGAUCCAGGUGUAUAGUCGGUUUGUGGCGGGGCUGGUGGAGAGGGCGGAGUUGUGGGAGAAGAGGACGUGGUGGAGGAUUUGUUGUCGGAUUUCCGGGGGGAUGGAGAGGAGAUGGGGUCUUGAGAGGGUAGAGUCUGUGCUCAUAUCUCUACACUGGUGAUUCUGGUGUUGCGGAUUGCGGUUAUUCUCUUUGAUUUAGUGCCCGAGGCUGCCUGUAAUGAUGUGGCCUCGCUAUGGCAUGUGUCUACACUUGGGGUGUGAUGUUGAAUUUCCACAGGUUGAGCUAGUGGGAGGGUCCCUAACAUAUGAGUUCUCACAUAUGAGUUCUUAAAGAGAGCAGGUCGUGAUUAUACUUGCCGUAUCUAGGACAUGCUGCUGUGCUCAUCAUCAUGGGGAGAUGGGGAGACCGACAGAGCGAUGGUGUCGCACAGUCGCCCGCCCCGUCCUCGCAGACCUGCA